AUGCUUUUCUUCAGUUUCUUCAAGACCCUCACCAACCAGACCGUUACGAUUGAGCUCAAGAAUGACAUCCGCAUUCGUGGUAUCCUGAAAUCAGUCGACCAGUACCUCAACAUCAAGCUGGAUGACAUCGAAGUCCUCGAUCUGGACAAGUACCCCCACCUGUCGUCCGUCAAGAACAUGUUCAUUCGUGGUAGCGUGGUGCGCUAUGUGAUCCUUCCCCGAUCGGAGGUGGAUGUUGGGUUGCUGGAGGAUGCUACACGGCGGGAGGCUGCCAACCAGGCCGGCAAAGCUCGCUGA